AAUUGAAUGGCAGAGGAAUGAAUAAAUGUGUGAGGGACCGGGCAGAAGUGACACAAGGGUUUGUGACAGGACAGCGACACGAGCAUCUGGAAGGCCGACGUGACGUCGUCUUUGUCAUCAUUUUUGACAUCGGAGAGUUUAACAAAGGCUAGAGAUCAGCACAGCAUAUCCAAGGAAGACCAGGAAAAAUGAACAUCCAGAUUCAAAACGUCUCCUACUCAUCAGCUGCUGUAACCUGGUCAGCCAUCCCUCACUGCCCGGAGAGCUUUUACCACAUCAUUUACAGACCAAACUGGAACAGCAUCUUUUCUGGAUACGCACGACCAAACUUCCACUUCGAGGAAACGGUUCCGAACUCGGCGACGUCUCUGUUGCUCGAAAAGCUUUCACCUUCGACGACUUACAUCCUGUGCAUCACUUGCAAAAACACCUAUCCUUCAAGUGACCACUGCACCACCUUCAACACGGUGGGAGAUAACCCUCUCAUCCUGUCCCGCAUGGGGCUUGGCAUGAACAAUGUGGUCUGGAUGAUGAGCUGCAUUUUGUUUUUGCUGCUGCUGUCUGUUUUAAUCUACAGCUGCCUUCACUGCUGGUGCUCCAAACAGCACACUCAACUAGGGAAAUACACCAGCGCUGCCUUCCCGACAAGUCCAGGCCAAUACUUACCCACUGCCAAUGUCAUGAAACGCGAAUUAAGGAAUAACCAAAAAUACGAUGUGCCCAUGACAAAUGUGAAAAACAUUCCGAUGGAUUCUAAUUCCGUUAUUAUACCAAUUACUAGCAGUUACAUGAAACACGCGGUACAAGAGGACAGGAAAGCUGGUCUGUAUAAAUAACCGAGGACCAAAAGUGUAAUACAGCGAGCCAGGCUG